AUGGUUACCCGCAAGGUUGGUGUUAAGGUAUCAUAUGCCACAGCAUGGAGAGGAAAAAGGCCGGCUGCUAAUGAAGUGCGAGGUACUCUGGAAGAGAGUUUUUCUAUGAUACACUCCUAUAUGCACAUGCUUAAGUUGAAGAAUCCUGAUUCGGUAAGUUAUGUUGAAGUAGAUGCGGCAAAAAGAUUUAAGUAUCUAUUUUUCGCAUUUGGAGCUUCCAUAGAAGGGUUCAUAGCGAUGAGGAAAGUUAUCAUUGUGGAUGGAACACAUCUUAAGCAUGUUUAUGGUGGAGUUCUGCUUGUUGCGACGGCUCAAGAUCCUGAUCGCCACCAUUACCCUAUUGCAUUUGGUGUAGUUGAUGGUGAGAAAGAUGAAAGCUGGACGUGGUUUAUGAAUAAAUUGAGGUCAGUGAUAUCAGAUGUAGACGGAUUGGUGUUUCUUUCGGAUAGAAAUGCGAGCUUGAUCAAGUCAAUACGUGAGGUGUUCCCAACGGCCGCACAUGGGUAUUGUGUCUGGCAUUUGUCUCAAAAUGUGAAAGGACAUGUAUUCAACAACAGAGACGUUUGUGCAAUCAAGUUUAGAGAAUGCGCAUAUGCUUAUACAGUGGCUGAGUUCGAUGUUCUCUAUGAUGCUUUUUCCAGAAAGUAUCCUUCUGCUGCCGAGUAUCUAGAAAAGAGUGUUGAAGUGGGAAAAUGGGCAAGAUGUUAUUUUGAAGGAGACAUAUACAAUGUUGACACAACCAAUGCAGCAGAAUCUAUCAAUGGUGUUCUUCGGGAAGCGAGGAAAUACUUCAUGCUACCGAUGAUUGAUGUUAUCAUUAAGAAAAUGGCUGAAUGGUUUAACAAACAUAGGAAGAAGGCAGCCCAAAUACCAGCCACGAAGAAGCUUGUGCCUACAGUAGAAACCCAGUUGUCAAAAAGAUCUUUGGAAACGAGGUGUUUAGAUGUGGUUGAGAUAAACAGCUUUCACCUUGAGUACAAUGUCAAUGGUAGUGACGGAAAGGUUUAUACGGUUGAUUUGGCAAGAAAAAUGUGCAGCUGCAGGUGCUUUGAUAUAGACAAAAUCCCGUGUGUUCAUGCAUGUGUUGCUGCCAAGUUCUUGAGCGUUGGAACGGACCUCCAUCUACAAGACUUUUGUUCGGUAUACUAUACGGUGGAGCUUUGGGCGUUGGCAUACUGUAGGACGAUUUAUCCUGUGCCACAUCAGUCUGAAUGGGUUAUACCAGAUGAAAUUCGAGCACUAAAAGUUCUUCCUCCAUUAUAUGUUAAAAAGAAAGGACCCACUCAGAAGCAAAGGUUUCCAUCAGCCGGAGAAUCUCGUGGACGUGGAAGAGGGCGAGGAAGGGGAAUGGGAAGAGGAAGGGGAAGGAGCAGAGGAAGGAGAGGCGGACGUUUGUAUGAGUAUUUUGAGUGUGGAAGUACUUCUGCAACCGCCGAGUAG